UUUUCCCUACUGUGCCGCGCGCCCUCCCUUCUCUCUAAUGAUAGCAUAGGGAGAGAAGGCAUACUCCGAGGCAUCCUUCUCCUUUCCCUCUCCUUCCCCAAACCCUUUUCCUCUUUCCCUCGCCCCAAGAACUUCAUCUCAUCUCCAGGCGCCCCUUUUGCGCUUGCGCAGGAGGAGCUCACGGGGACAGUGGGCGGAGAGCUCGAUCGCUGCACCACUACUUCACUGGAGGUCCGCCCACUCCCAUGGAGGAGAUCACCCAACACUUUGGAGUUGGCGCAAGCAGCCACGGCCAUGGCCACGGCCAGCACCACCAUCAUCACCACCACCACCACCCGUGGGCAUCCUCCCUCAGCGCCGUCGUAGCGCCGCUGCCGCCGCAACCGCCAAGCGCAGGCCUGCCGCUGACCCUGAACACGGUGGCGGCCACUGGGAACAGCGGCGGUAGCGGCAACCCGGUGCUGCAGCUUGCCAACGGUGGCGGCCUCCUCGACGCAUGCGUCAAGGCGAAGGAGCCCUCGUCGUCGUCUCCCUACGCAGGCGACGUCGAGGCCAUCAAGGCCAAGAUCAUCUCGCACCCACACUACUACUCGCUCCUCACUGCCUACCUCGAGUGCAACAAGGUGGGGGCACCACCGGAGGUGUCGGCGAGGCUGACGGAGAUAGCGCAGGAGGUGGAGGCGCGGCAGCGCACGGCGCUCGGCGGCCUGGCCGCUGCGACGGAGCCGGAGCUGGACCAGUUCAUGGAGGCGUACCACGAGAUGCUGGUGAAGUUCAGGGAGGAGCUGACGAGGCCGCUGCAGGAGGCGAUGGAGUUCAUGCGAAGGGUGGAGUCGCAGCUGAACUCGCUUUCCAUCUCCGGAAGGUCGCUGCGCAACAUCCUUUCAUCUGGCUCUUCUGAGGAGGAUCAAGAAGGUAGCGGAGGAGAGACCGAGCUCCCUGAAGUUGAUGCACAUGGUGUGGACCAAGAGCUGAAGCACCAUCUCCUGAAGAAAUACAGUGGCUAUCUAAGCUCGCUCAAGCAAGAACUGUCAAAGAAGAAGAAGAAAGGGAAGCUCCCCAAGGAGGCUCGCCAGCAGCUCCUUAGCUGGUGGGAUCAGCACUACAAAUGGCCUUACCCCUCAGAGACUCAGAAGGUGGCACUGGCUGAGUCUACCGGGCUUGACCUGAAGCAGAUCAACAACUGGUUCAUCAACCAGCGGAAGCGGCACUGGAAGCCAUCCGAGGAGAUGCACCACCUGAUGAUGGACGGGUACCACACCACCAAUGCCUUCUACAUGGACGGCCACUUCAUCAACGACGGCGGGCUGUACCGGCUCGGCUAGCCACCGGUAUCUCGCUUCCAUUUCACACCCCACGGCCUAGCUAUAAAGACUAAUGGUUCCAGGUGUCUGAAGUACUGAAGACAGGGGGGCUAGCUAUCUAAUGUUUGUGCCGCACGCAUGAGCUGUAAGGAGGCCAUGCUUAAUUAUUCUGUUGCCGUUGCUACUCUAUCUAUAUGCGCCUAUGCCUCCGUGCAUGAACUAUGCUUUAGGUGGUUGCUGCUCCACACUGUGGUGGUGUGCUUUUGCUUUUGUGUGGUCGUAUUGUAUGCGUAACCUGACAGAUGGAUCCCUGAUUGCUACAUGUUUGAAUAAUUUGCAUGAUCUAGCUAGUUUCUGCCUAAUCUAA